GUUUUGUUUAACAAUUUACAAACACAGUAUUUAUUUUCUCUCUCUCUCCAUCCUAAUACAAACACACAUUUUCUGAUUCUUCUCUCUCUUUCUCUCUCUAUCUUCUUAUAUAUCUAUCAGUCUCAUCAUGGUUCCCGCCAAUCUUUCCAAUAUUUAUACCAUAUAAAACCCUAAUCUUCUCACUCUACACUCCCAGGUUGGUGCACAUAAUAUAUAUACAACCAGAAUUGGAGCGAUUUGAAGGUUUGGAUAUAUGUCCUUCAAUCAAUCAGGGGCUGAGAAGAACGAGCCGUUACCUAAUAGAAAAUUGGGUCGAUCCGCGAGCUCCGGUCAGUCGAGGAAUUUCUCCGGCGGUGGUGGGAAGGGCGGCGGUGGCUCCGCCGCUCCACCCUCAUCUUCAUUUUCGUCCAACCGAAGCUUUAAGAAGUCUAAUAAUGCACACGGAGGACAAUCUAGGGUAAGCAAUGUGAGUUUGAAUUCAGAUUCUAAUAAUGCUUCUGCUGCCCGUACAGUACAGAAUGGUGCCAAUUUACGACCACCGUUACCUGCAGCAUCUGAUGCUCCGGUCACAGGCGUUACUGUCAAGUCAACUGAUGUGUCUUCCCAGAAAAGCACCCGAUCUGUUCCAAGGCCUCCAUCUUCUCAUCCUGCUACUGUCAGUUCUGACACCACAACGCCCGUGACACCUUUGAAGGAACCAGGAGAUAAGUCGACAUCAUUCACUCUUCAAUUUGGGUCCAUAAGUCCUGGUUUCAUGAAUGGAAUGCAGAUACCUGCUCGAACUAGCUCAGCACCCCCAAAUUUGGAUGAGCAGAAACGUGACCAGCUGCUCCAUGAUUCUUUAAGAGCUGUACCUAUGAUGCCAAGUUCAACAGCUCCUAAGCAGCAAUUACCAAAGAAGGAUGCAGGUGAUGUUGAUCAAUCUGACACUAGCAAUGAUCAUCCAAUGCCCAAGGCUAAGAAGGACGUGCAAGUUUUAUCUGCACCCCCUGUAACCCAGCCGCAGAAGUCUUCUGUUCAUUCUUUGACUGGGAAACCAAUGCAAAUGCAGUUCCAGCAACCACAGGUUGCCAUUCAAUUUGGUGGUCCAAACCCACAGAUUCAGUCUCAAGGAAUGGGGGCUCCUCCAUUGCCUGUGCCAUUGCCUAUGCCGUUGCCAAUGGGAAAUCCCCAAGUGCAGCAACAGGUAUUUGUUCCAAACCUCCAGUCCCAUAUGGUGCAAACUCAGGGGAUCAUUCACCCGGGCCAGAAUUUGAAUUUCACAUCUCAAAUGGGUUCUCAGUUACCUGCUCAGUUAGGCAAUUUGGGAAUUGGUAUGGCCCCACACUUUUCUCAACACCAGGCAGGAAACUUUGGUGGCCCUCGUAAAGUCAAGAUAACUCAUCCUGACACGCAUGAAGAGUUGAGACUUGAUAAGAGGACAGAUUCAUGUAUGGACAGUGGGUCAUCAGGCUCGAGGUCGCAUCCAAAUGUGCCUCCCCAAUCUCAAGCAAUUUCAUCCUUUCCACCUGCCCAUCUUAUCAACUACUACUCUAAUUCUUACAAUGCCAGUUCCCUCUUUUUCCAAGCUCCAAGUUCUCUUCCUCUAACUAGUGCCCAAGUUACUUCCGGUUCUCAGGCGCCAAGGUUUAACUACCAAGUUGGCCAGGGCCCUCAAACUUCUUUGAUGAACCAAUCUGCCCUUAACUCCCUUUCUGUUAGUAAUAUUAGGGCCCCAUCUCCCAUUAUUGGUGAACCAUCUAAUUUGGAACAUACUCGUGAUGUUCAUAACAUAUUCUCAUCAGCUCCAUCAGCUCCAGUACAGGUGACAGUGAAACCAGGUGCUGGUUCUCAUGGAGGAAGGGUUGCUGAUUCAUCAUUGUCAAUUGACUCACCUGUCAUUGAGAAAAGUGAGUCUACUAAUAUUUCUAAGCCACACGGGGAGGCUAGCUCAAUUGAUCCUCAAAGGAAUCCCGAUACAACUUCUAGAAGCUCUUUACAGCAAUCAAAACCUGGUCUCGCACCAAUAACUACUACAUUGCCUGUGGCUAGGCAACAAUCUGUUGCAGCAUUUGUUUCUCUUUCUGCGGAUACCCUGGCUCCCAACACUUUGUCUACUUCUCCUGCUCCUACUGAGCAGUCUGCAUCAGUUGUGACAAGUUGUAAUGAAGGCAUCAGGGAAAUAAUUUGUAGGUCUGACUCAAUCAAGGAUCAACAGGAGAAGCCAGGAAACAAAGGACAAAGCCAUUUCCAACCGCAGCAUCAGGUUGGUGGACGUUCUACCUCUUCUUUGUGCUUACCUUCUGAGUCUUUAGAAGAAUUAGAACAUACUAAUUUUUUCAACGAUAGAACUGAAACUGGAGAGGCUAGUACAAAUCCUGCUUCAUCAGGUACUAUUGGAGGUGUCACUGAAACUGCUGGGGACCCACCUUUAACCACCGGUAUUGACAGGCAUGAUGCUUCUGAUUCCAAAACUGAUUGUGUUGGCGAAGGCUCAACAUGUGUGGCAGUGGAAAUUAUUGGUGGUGGUGGAAAAAUGACUGAUACAUUGGACACUAAUCAUUGUAAUCAGCAAGAUGAUUUUCCUCUGCAUGAAGAACAAUUAAAGCCUGAAACUGCAGGAACAAAAGAACAAACUGAAGGUGCUAAACAGGAUGAAAUUGCCUUAGGACAAACUGAACUGAACUCCACUCUUGAGCUAACAAUUACUGGCAAUGAGCUUGGAUCCUUGCAAGCUACACAGAAGGAUCGUAAAGAGCCUGCGGGUUGUUGCACAAAAGAUGACGGGAUGGCUGAUAAUUCAGUGAUGACCACUUCCAUUGCGCUUGAUGAUAUAAAUGCUGAAUUAUCAAGUUCUGAUUUAUCUACUUCUUCUCAUGGCUAUAAGAUUUCAACUUCAGAUACCUCUUCUAGUAUGUGUGAUAGCAUGGAUAGAAAAGAAGUUCUUAUAGGAUCUGGUAUGCUAGAUCUGAAGUUGUCUAAUGUUUCAAAUUCAUCUCUUCCAGAAGUAACUUUGGAACAUGAAAGGAAAGGUACUGAUUCUAUUAGUUUGGGUGUGGUCUCUCUUUCAACCUUAGGUUCUAAGGAUAAAUUUAUGCUAGAACCUAACAGAGCAAAGAGUACUAUUGCUAGAGGGAAGAAAAAGAGGAAAGAGAUUCUACAAAAAGCAGAUGCUGCUGGGACAACUUCCGAUCUUUAUAUGGCAUACAAGGGUCCAGAGGAAAAGAGAGAAACUGCUGUCUCUUUAGAAAACAGUUGUAGCAAUAAUUUGGAAGUGGCAGAUGUUGAUGCUUCUAGGGAAGGUGUUGUAUCCAGUGAAAAAAGUGGGCAGAGUAAAGCUGAACCAGAUGAUUGGGAAGACGCAGCUGACAUCUCUACUCCGAAUUUGGAACCUUCAGAUGGAAAUGAAGUAAUGGCAAAAAAGUAUUCUAGAGAUUUCCUACUUACAUUUUCAGAGCAGUGCACUGAUCUUCCAGAGAAUUUUGAAAUUAGAUCUGAUAUAGCAGAGGCGUUGAUGAUUUCUAAUAUCACUGUUUCUCUUGAAUCACAUCCUUCUCCUGGAAGAGUUAUUGAUAGGCAGAAUGUGGGAUCUCGACCAGACUGGCAUGGGCGUGGCAUGGGUGACGAUGAGAAAUGGAGUAAACCCGGUCCUCUUGCCUCAGGAAGGGAUCCGCGAUUAGAUAUUGGAUAUGGGGGAAAUUUUGUAGGUUUUCGACCUGGCCAAGGAGGAAAUUAUGGUGUUAUAAGGAAUCUAGGUGUGCAGGUACCUGUUCAGUAUGCUGGCGGCAUUCUAUCUGGGCCUAUGCAAUCAUUGGGUUCUCAGGGAGGUAUGCAUCGGAAUAGCCCUGAUUCUGACAGAUGGCAACGUGCCACUGGUUUUCAAAAGGGUUUAAUUCCUUCUCCUCAUACUCCAUUACAAGUAAUGCACAAAGCUGAUAGGAAAUAUCAAGUGGGUAAAAUAACAGAUGAAGAAGAGGCCAAGCAAAGGCAGUUAAAAGCUAUCCUAAAUAAGCUAACUCCACAGAACUUUGAAAAACUUUUUAAGCAAGUGAAAGCGGUUAACAUUGACAGUGCUGUUACUCUCACUGGCGUGAUUUCGCAGAUAUUUGAUAAAGCUCUAAUGGAACCAACUUUCUGUGAAAUGUACGCCAACUUCUGUUAUCACCUUUCUGGAGAGUUACCUGAUUUCAGUGAAGACAAUGAAAAGAUCACUUUUAAAAGAGUACUUCUAAACAAGUGCCAGGAAGAAUUUGAGAGAGGGGCAAGGGAGCAGGAAGAAGCUAAUAGAGCCGAGGAAGGUGAAGUUAAAGAAUCUGAAGGGAAAAGAGAGGAGAAGAGAACACAGGCAAGAAGACGAAUGUUGGGUAACAUUCGACUGAUUGGGGAGUUGUACAAGAAGAAAAUGUUGACUGAGAGAAUAAUGCAUGAAUGCAUUAAGAAGUUGCUCGGUCAGAAUCAGAAUCCUGAUGAGGAAGAUAUUGAAGCUCUGUGCAAAUUAAUGAGCACAAUUGGAGAUAUGAUUGACCAUCCAAAAGCCAAGGAACAUAUGGAUGCAUAUUUUGAUAUGAUGGAGAAGUUAUCAAACAACAUGAAACUGUCUUCUAGGGUGAGAUUCAUGUUAAGGGAUUCGAUUGAUCUGAGAAAGAACAAAUGGCGACAGAGGAGGAAAGUCGAAGGGCCGAAGAAGAUUGAUGAAGUGCACAGGGAUGCUGCUCAGGAACGGCACGGACAAGCUGGUCGGAUGGCACGUGGUUCGGGCAUGAGUUCCUCAGUUAGAAGGGGUCAACCAAUGGAUUUUGGUCCGAGAGGGUCAAAUAUGUUUAUUUCUCCAAAUGCGCAGAUGGGUGGUUUCAGAGGGUUACCCAUGCAAUUCCGUGGUCAUGGCACUCAAGAAUUUCGGUUGGAGGAUAGACAUUUGUUCGAGAAUAGGACUAUGUCAAAUCCCUUGACCCAGAGACCUAUUGGUGAUGAUUCUAUUACCCUUGGUCCCCAAGGUGGCCUUGCUAGGGGAAUGUCCUUUAGAGGCCAGCAAUCAAUGGCAAGCAUUCCCUUAGCUGAGACACCAAGUCUUGGAGACUCCAGGAGACCUAUUGGUGAUGAUUCUAUUACCCUUGGUCCCCAAGGUGGCCUUGCUAGGGGAAUGUCCUUUAGAGGCCAGCAAUCAAUGCCAAGCAUUCCGUUUGCUGAGACACCAAGUCCUGGAGACUCCAGGAGAAUGACAGCUGGUUUAAAUGGUUAUAGUUCUGUAUCACAGCGAACCACAUUUGGCUCAAGACAGGAUCUCAAUCAGAGAUACAUCUCAGACAGGUUUGCCAGUCCAUCUGUUUAUGACCAAUCGAGUAUACAAGAACGAUACACGAGUCAUGGGAACAGGGACCCAAGGAAUGCAGAUCAUAGUUUUGGUAGGUCCCCACCAACUUCACCAUCCACAAGAGUUCAGGGAUCAAUUUUCACACAAAAUAUUUCUUCAGAGGAGGUAUGGCAAGAAAAACGCUUGCGGGACAUGUCAAUAGCAGCAAUUAAAGAAUUCUACAGCGCUAAAGACGAGAAGGAAGUUGCUCUUUGUGUCAAAGAGUUGAAUUCUCCGAGCUUCUAUCCAUCAAUGGUAUCUAUCUGGGUCACAGAUUCUUUUGAGAGGAAGGAUGCGGAGAGGGAUCAUUUGGCUAAGCUUCUGAUCAACCUUACAAAAUCACGGGAGGUUACAUUAAGUACAGAUCAACUCAUCAAAGGGUUUGAAUCUGUUCUCACUGAAUUGGAGGAUGUUGUAAAUGAUGCCCCCAGAGCAGCUGAAUUUCUUGGUCGUAUCUUGGCAAAACUGAUCCUCGAAAACUUGAUUCCAUUUUCAAGGAUCGCACAUUUGAUAUACGAAGGUGGGGAGGAACAAGGACGACUGGUAGAGAUAGGGCUUGCAGCCAAUGUAGUUGGUAGCAUCCUGGAGAUAAUUAAUUCAGACAAGGGAGAAUCUGCUUUGGCUGAAAUUCGUGGAAGCUCCGAUUUGCAGCUAGAGAAGUUCCGGCCUCGAAAUUCUAACAAAAGUUGGAGAUUAGACAAGUUCAUUUAAAGGAUACUGAUGCUCACUCUGUGGUUAAAAGAUAUUCAUUUCUAGUGCUUUUAGGGUACCCUUACCCUUUCAAUUUGCAGAAAUGUAUCUUUGUGAGGGGGGAGAGAGAGGGCAGAUUCACAUGAGGUAUCCUUCUUCAUGUUUUAAUAUUUAUUUCUUUAAAUUGCCAAAAGUUCAAUUCAGCCUCCAAAAUUUAGCAUAUCAUCUCACAUGGUAUUGCCCAAAAACACCAACUGCUUCAAACUUGAACAUUACUUAUUUUCACCUGUUGCAGGGACCAUAAUGAGUUUUUUUUUUUUUUUUUUUUUUAACUCUUUUAUGUUCUAAACUAGACAAUAAUUUCGUGGAUACAGACUUUUGGGUUGUGGAAAUAGAAUUUUAUAUAUUGAAUUUAAUGUUCAAUUAUUUAUUAUAGAAAA